AUGCCCACCAAAACCCUCUUCCUCACCGGCGGCAGCGGCUACGUUGGCAGUGCCCUCAUCCCCCUCGCCCUGGCAAAAAACUACACCAUCCGCGCCCUCUCCCGGACCCCUGAAUCAGACACCAAACUCCUCUCCCUCGGCGCCACCCCCGUCCGAGGCGACCUAACCAGCCUCACGACCCUCCACACCGAAAGCGCCUCCGCCUCCGCCGUAAUCCACCUCGCGACGGCCUUCGUCUUCGGCCACACCCCCAGCUACUCCUCCAUCAAAGACAUCGACACCGCUGCCCUCGACGCCAUUGUCUCGGGCCUCUCCUCCACCCCCAACCCAGACGGCUCCCCCAAACCCCUCGUCACCACCAGCGGCACCCUCGUCGUGCGCCCAAACCCGGACGGAUCCGAAACCGACGAGUUCUCCCCACUGGACACGCACCCUCUUGUAUCCCGGAACGAGAUCACGGUGCAUGGACUAGCCCUCGGCCAGAAGUCCGGAGGAAAGGUACGGGUAAUGGACAUCCGCCUCGCGCCGUUCGUGUACGGGCGUGGCGGCAGCGGGAUUAGAUUGUUUAUGCAGAUGGCGAAGCAUGCGGGGAAGAUGGUUACUGUGGGUGGUGGGGUGAAUCGUACGACGACGGUGCAUGUGGAUGAUGUGGCGGAGUUGUAUUUGCUUGCUCUGGAGAAGGGGGUGCAGGGAGGUGUGUAUAAUGCGGGUGAUAAGACGGGGGUUACGGUUGGGAAGAUUUUGAGCGCUGUGGCGGAGAUUAUGGGUGUGCCGGUGGAGGAUUUGGGGAUGGAGGAGGCGAGGAAGGGACUGGGGGAUGCGGUUGCUGGGUUUUUGGCUGCUGAGAAUAGGGCUUCUGGGGCGAGGGCGAGGAGGGAGUUGGGGUGGGAGUGUAGGGGUAAGGGGGUGCUGGAGGAUAUUAGGGGGGGUUCCUAUGUUGGGGUAGUGGGGGAGUUGUAG